CCUUUCGCGACACGCAAUUAUUAAUGAUCACGAGUUUUACAAAAUCUAUACUCCGAAUUCAACCUUCGCGUAUAAUGCAGUAACUUCUGGAACUGGAACGUUACUCGACGGAAAAAAUAAUUUACGUAAACAACUUGAUGUCGAUUAAUUUACUGUUUAAUUUCUUAUUAAUUUUCUUCGUUUUAGUACUUCAAAUAUAUUUUCAUAUCGAAGACAUAUUGGAGAUUAUAUUUUCUUGUCUUCUUUAUUUCGUUACAAAAAUCGGGGCAUCCCUAAUCGGACGUACGGAUUUCGCCAGAUUUUGAUUUUGCCAGAAAAUAUGACGAGAGUAGGGGUCGUGGAAGAAAAAGGACGAGGUGCGCUGGAGGCGAGAGAAGAGCGAUCGGUGCGAAAGGAAAGCAAUUGUUACUGCUUUUAUUAUUGCUAUCGCGAUAUCGCAUUCAUAGAAAAUCCAACGCGUAUUUUCGGGAUCGUUUACGCGACUACGUUGCCAUGCGAGUAUCGAUUCGACGAACUGGUUCGUAAGUCGCGAGGCGCGUAUUUCGUCGUAUGGGACACUAAACCGAGUUCUCCCGAGGAUGCUCGAGGACAAUCGCGAUUCGCAACGCCGCGACGAGUGUGCCGACAAGUGGUCCCGUAGAAGUGUCUAUGGACGAAUCGAUGGACGUUUUGAUCGUGGAAAAGUGGUGAAAACGGGAUAGCCGAAGAGGAACCACGGUGGAUCGGGGAUAAAGGAGACAAGGCAGGGAUGGGAGGCGCGAAGAGAACGAAAGUUUUAAGAACUGGAAGAAAGACGUCAACCGGAAGGAGGUGACAGGUUGCCGAGGAGAAGCGAUCACGGGGAAUUGGCAGCGAAUGGGAGGCGAAAGGACGGCUCGUUAUGCGAAACGAAGCCACCAGCGACAUCGUAUCGAGAUGGUGCUCGGGUCAGAACGCGUUCGUGACACCGGAACGCAGAAAGUUUAGACGCGUGCACGGACUUCAGCUACCGCUUCAUCCCCAACAAGUGAUCGGUUGGAUCGUUAUUUUGGUUAUAGCGAUAAACACGUUUGCCGUCUUAACGCCGCUCCUCGAGCCGAGUCUGCGUCCAGUCCUCUCGAUCUCCAUAGCAGCGAUCUUCGCUACGCAUCUUUGCUCCCACCUGAUCGUGCUCCUGCUGGAUCCGGCGGAUCCCCAAGUCAGGUCUCAGCCGGCGAACAAAGUCCUGCCGGAAUUCGACAGGUCGAAGCACGCGCGUGUCAUCGAGAACGGCCGAUGCCACCUCUGCAAUAUAACCACAGAGAGCAAGAGGACCAAGCACUGUUCGAUCUGCAACAAAUGCGUGGCGCGAUUCGAUCAUCAUUGCAAGUGGCUCAACAACUGCAUCGGCGGUAGAAACUAUUUAGCCUUUUUAGUUUGCCUAAUUUCCGCGAUCCUGGCGAGCCUGUCCGUCGCCGGUCUCUCCGCGACGGAAUUGUUGCUGUCGUUGGUCUCCGGUAGGACGGUAAACGCCAGCAUGGAGAACGCCACGGGUCCUGGCCUGUCAAUCAUCCCCGUCUCGGACACCGGCUCUAUUAUCCUGAUCUCCGCGAUAGGAAUCCUCUCGGCGAUCGCGGCGAUCCUCCUGAUUCAUUUGUGCUUCUUUCACGGAUACAUCGCCUGUCUCGGUUUGACCACGUACGAGUACGUAAGGAACAAGCGAGAAAGAAACACCGUUACCGCAGCCGUCGCAGCAGCCGCCGCCGCUGCCGCAACCGCUACCGCUGCCGCCGCAGCUGCGACCGCCGCUGCUGCCAAUGCUGCCAACUCCGUGGACGCUACCGGGAACCCAGCGACGGUCACAGAGUCAACAGCCGGACUCAACGGAUUCCGUGGAUUCAUGUCCAGCCGCAGAACGUCGUCCUUUCGAAUCAAUACCGAGUCGUGUUCGAGUCGGAUAGACCUCGAAGGGGAGUCGAACGGAGUAGGAACGGAGACCCGAUUCUGUCGGCGAGACGACCAACGGAGCAAUUUUCGCCUCUGCUUCUCGUACGAGCUCCAGUCGACCGCAAACGAAACUUCCAUAGAGUUCUCGUCGCGGAUACCGAGCGACACGCGUCCCGACCAAUCGACGAUCGUGUUCCGGGACUCAGUGGGCGUCGUCGGCUCCUCGACGCCCUCCCCGGUUUCUUGUUGUUUCGCCGCUGCCAAUUCGAUAGCCGUGCGAUGCCGUUCGGCGAGCAAAACGGACAAGUCAAAGAAACGAGCGAGCGCUAGCAAGGACUCGCUCGGCUCGUCGCACGUUCCGAGCAAUUCUUGCGAAACCGUGGAAAGGAUAGGGAAGUUUCUGCGUACGUAUCUGCGUAGGAGCGGUCGUCGACGGUCGUCGAAUGCGAACGGCGUUCGCUCGUCGAAGAACAAAGUGGUUCCCAGCGGUGAUUCGACUUUGCCCGAGGUCAAGCUGGAGGACACCGUGCCUGACGCUGUUCUCGCUCUCGGAAAAGAAUACGAGGCGUCCGUUCCGCGUCCACCCAGCAAACUUCCUCCGCUGCGUUCGAUAACCGGCCAUUCUUGCGAGCAGCUGGCGAUUCAGACGCGAAGAGCGGUGGGUCCUUCGACGACGAGGAGACCAGCGGCUCAUAUCUACACCCGUCCACGGCGGACCUCCUCCUUCCGAAAGAGGCCAAGACUGAAGGCAAAUUCGCGCGUUACCCAGUCCAUACAACUCUCUCCCAUUUUGGAGUCGGAUCUGUCGAAACCCGCGUCGCCGCGGUCGUCGUGCUCUCUCCUCUCGCUACGCUCUCCCGGUUCCCCUCGGUCGACCCGUAUCGCGCGUUCCUCGUCUCCUCGAUUCGUUCCGGCAUCGUCGGGAAUGCUUGCGAGUUCUCGUGCCACUCACGGUCUCCAAUUUCUUUCGCAGAUGACAUCGGUUACAGAGGAAUCGUUCGCGACCGACCAGGUCGUCGGUCCUGGUUCUCGAGAGGCGAACGAUAAUAUCUGGGAAAACGUGUUGGGUUCUCCGCGAUACAUAGUCGCGCCGAUGGUCGACGCGAGCGAGUUAGCCUGGAGGCUGCUGAGUCGACGCCACGGAGCGCAACUUUGUUAUACGCCGAUGCUUCACUCGUCGGUUUUCUGCAGAGAUCCCAAGUAUCGGCGAGAAGCGUGCGCUAGCACCGCCGAAGACAGACCGCUGAUCAUUCAGUUUUGCGGCAACGAUCCGAACACUUUACUGGAAGCGUCACUUUUGGCCGAGCCGUACUGCGACGCGAUAGACAUAAAUAUAGGUUGCCCUCAAGCUAUCGCCAAACGCGGACGCUACGGUGCUUUUCUUCAAGACGACUGGGACUUGCUUCGACGAAUCGUUAGCACCUUGAGCAAGAAACUCCGUGUACCUGUCACUUGCAAAUUACGAGUAUUCGCGGAAAUCGAAAAGACCGUGCAGUAUGCUCGGAUGCUCGAGAGCGCUGGGGCACGACUGCUUACUGUGCAUGGACGAACCCGGGAACAGAAGGGUCGGUUAACCGGCGUGGCGUCUUGGGAGCACAUCGAAGCAGUUAGGCAAGCCGUCGCGAUUCCAGUAUUCGCCAACGGUAAUAUACAAUGUCUGCGAGACGUCGAGAGAUGCAUAGAGGAAACCGGUGCGUGCGGUGUAAUGUCGGCCGAAGGUAAUCUUUACAAUCCUUACAUAUUCGAGGGACGUCAUCCGCCAAGCUGGGAGCCAGCGCUCGAAUAUUUAGAUUUGGUGGAACGGUAUCCAGCUCCGGCCUCUUACAUUCGUGGCCAUCUCUUCAAACUGUUUCAACACAUACUUUGUUUAGCAGAGAAUAAAGAAGAGAGGGAAAAUCUGGCCAGAAACUCUACCAUGGAAUCGUUCAGAAGCGUCGUGUACUCUUUGAGAGAUCGAUAUCUACCGUAUCACGAAGGACGCCAGACGUGGCGAGAAGAAACCACCGACUAUAACUUGAAAUUACCACCGUGGUUGUGUCAACCGUACGUACGGAGUCCUCCCGAAGAGCACGAGCAACGAAUAGAAACGGAAAAGAUCGAAACGGGAAACGUGAAUGUGAAGAAAAAAUUCACGGACGAGGAUGGAAACGAGGUAUCGCGGAAACGUUUGAAGAAGCUUAGACGAAUCGCGCGUCGUCCCAAUAGGCCAGCCGUUAUCGUUAAAAGAGGAUCCGACUUGUGCUACAACUGUCCCAAUCCAGUGGGUCUCAAAUGUGUUCACAAACUGUGCCGACAGUGCUGUCGAAACAAGUGUUUCGUGGAAAAUCUAGAUUGCAUCGGACAUAGAAAUUUAACUAAAACAAGACGACAAAUGGCGAUCGAAUUCGCUGCGAAACGAAAAGCUAUCGACGAUACGAUAUGACUUUGUAAAUAAUUUUAAUAAACAUGUGGAUAUGUACGUAUACGCAAA